AUGACGCCGCCUCCAGCCCGUCCAUUGGCGCGAGACCCCGCACUCUUGCCACAGUCCGCGACCUUGUUCCGGGUCGGGCUUCGAGCCGUCCUGUCCCUUCACCCAGCCCGCGCAUCCGCGUCCGCUGCUGUCAGGAGCGGGCGGAGUCGGCGGACUCACCCGUCCCCGCAGGGUUCGUUUCACGGCCAGUGCGCGGAGCGGCGGGCAAAGCGCUCGGCCUCCGGAGCCGAGAGGGCCACAGCCCGGCCCCGCGGCGCAGGGAGCUCGGCCGUCACAGCUCUUCGGCUGCUGCCUGGCGGGCGGCGACUGUGGACUGGCCUUUGGAGAGGCUCCCCACCCAGCCCAUGGGACGUCGACGCCGUGAGCUUCAUCAGCUUCCAGAGCAGAAAUGGCCCAAAGCUGGCAGCCAACUUUCUGUCCCUAACGAAGGAGCCAGCUUAG